CUUCCCAAACAUUGUUGUGUAGCUAGCUAGCUAACGUUAGCCUACUUGCCUUGAGUGGGCUGUCAUUAAUGAAAGUGAAGCCUUAUUCCAUCAGAAGGACAUCUUAGCAGGGAAACUGGAAAGAAGGUAAGAUUUAAGUUAUCUAAUAUUUAACGUUAAUAAUGCUAGUUAAUGCCUGUAUCUGAUUACUAGACAGUUAUAGCUGUAGCCUUCAUUUAUAACGUUCCAGUCAUUGGCUGUAGCGAGACUUCUAUUGCUGUAGCUAGUGUAGCUGGCUAGCAGUGUUAACACUGCUACCUAACUAGUUAGCUAACGUUUCUCAGCCUAAAUAGAGGAUCAUUUUUACACCACUAGCUAGCUUACUACUGUUAGAUGUCAAUGGUUGCGUGUACUUUGCUGGUGCACAGCCUAUUAAUAACGUCAACCACCACUGAGGGCUAACAAUGCUAAUAUCUAGCUACCAUCUUGCUAGCUAGUUGUCUUUGAUUUACAUUUACAUUUUAGUCAUUUAGCAGACGCUCUUAUCCAGAGCGACUUACAGUUAGUGCAUACAUUAUUUUUUUUCAUACCCCCUGUGGGAAUCGAACCCACAACCCACCCCUUUCUAUCAACUGAGCUACAUCCCUGCCGGCCAUUCCCUCCCCUACCCUGGACGACGCUGGGCCAAUUGCGCGCCGCCCCAUGGGUCUCCCGGUCGCGGCCGGCUACAACAGAGCCUGGAUUCGAACCAGGAUCUCUAGUGGCACAGCUAGCACUGACAUGCAGUGCCUUAGACCACUGCGCCACUCUAGCUAACAUAGCUAACUAUGUCGCUUGCAAGCUGCAUAAGUUACAUUUUUUACAUUUUAGUAAUUUAGCAGACACUCUUAUCCAGAGCGACUUACAGUAGUGAAUGCAUACAUUUUCGUACUGGUACCCCGUGGAAAUCGAACCCACAACCCUGGCGUUGCAAGCGCCAUGUUCUACUAACUGAGCCACACAAACGUUUCUGUUUAAAAGGGAGGUUCAAAUAGUAUUCCUUCUGCUGUGCACACCACAUUGUUACUGGAUGAGGAGGAUCAGAUAUUGACCUCAGUUUUAUGACUUUGGAUUGUUGAACUGUCACUAAACUGCCACCCUCUCUCCUGGUUUAGCAAGGCUGUUAUGUGGCCUGAGAAGUCGGGCCCUGGAUGCUCUCCUCACUAGUUCUGAAGAUUGGACACAACAAUGACACUAUAAAGGACACUAACAAAAAGUGAGUGAGUACACAAUACGCCUAAUUGGUCAAUGCUACACAAACAACAGUGGUUGUUCCUACCAAUUAUUUUUGGUUGGGCUAGAAACAUGGGCACAGAGUAGGGCUAAAUAGCCUAUGUCCACCAUUUGACCAAAGACACUUAUUUUAACAAACACUCUCUUUUCUUUCAGUCUUUUCUGUGCUUUCAUAUUCCCUCUUUCUCUGUCUUUUCCUGCAGGGCAGCAUGUCUUCAGGUCACCGGCUGCGAGAUGUAGAGCAACACCACCCCCUGCUGGACGGGGAGGAGGCUGCAGUGGGUUCCGCAGAAGGGGAGGCGGAGCAAGUGUGGUUCAUCCAGGAUGGCUGUGGCAUGGUCUGUGCCUUCAUCACCUGGUUCCUGGUGCUCUACGCCGACUUUGUGGUCACCUUUGUCAUGCUGCUGCCCUCCAAGAGCUUCUGGUACGCUGUGGUCAACGGCGUGGUCUUCAACUGCCUGGCUGUGCUAGCUCUCACCUCGCACCUGCGCACCAUGCUCACCGACCCGGUGAGUGAACCAACCACUGCAGGGUAGUGCUCAUUUGGGCUCAACGUAACAAAGAAGUGAGGAUGCAUUGUAAUGUUGGGUGACUUGGAAAAGGGAGUGACUUUGAACGGAGGGCAAGACAGAGUAUACAAGAAGUAAAAGAAGCAUUCAGAAUGAAGAAGGGUAAGUCUGAGAACAGACUGAGAGCCGUCUGAUGCUCCUGGGCACAGAAUAGGAACAACGUGUUGUCCUAUUAGCAGUGAAAGAGCUGACCUACUAGUAGUUUCCUGGAAGUUUUGAAUGAGUCUGUCCAAACAUGUCAGUCUGACUGUGUCCAUUCUGUCCAACCGUGUGUCUGUUUAUAGGGAGCUGUGCCCAAAGGCAACGCCACCAAGAAGUACAUGGAGAGCCUGAACCUGAAACCAGGAGAGGUCAUCUAUAAGUGUCCCAAAUGCUGCAGCAUCAAACCUGAGAGAGCCCACCACUGUAGGUGAGGAGGGAAUAUUUGUGUUGCUAUUAUGUAUUAUUGUUAUGCUUUAUAGUAUCUAAGGGGUUUUCCUGGCUGAGUCACUUGGCUAGGCAACACCCCCUAUUUAGGCCUACUGUAUCUGUUGCGUCCUGUUCAUUAGGCCACACCGUAGUAAAACUUUUGAAAUGGAAAACAAAAAGGAAUGUUUCUUAUUGUAGAACUCCAGGUAGUCCCUUCUGGUUUCCGUCUUUUUUCCCCCAGUUGGGUGCCUAAUGAACACGACCAUGGUGUCGUUUCCCUCCCCUGUAGUAUUUGUAAGCGCUGCAUCCGUAAGAUGGAUCACCACUGUCCCUGGGUGAACAACUGUGUCGGAGAGAACAACCAGCGCUUCUUUGUCCUCUUCACUGUGAGUUCCGUCUCAGUUCCACCUUGUUGAAGGUCAUGUGCACAGUGGAAAUACUGAAAUGCAUCUGUGGUACAUCGGUCCAAUUAAUCAACGUCAAUUAAUCAAACUUGUUUUUGUUGUUGCAUCGACUGACGUCCCUAUUUUGUACUAUUGUGUAGUUUUGCAUGGAAGCAAUGGGUUUGACAGAAUGAUUCGUGUUUCAUCUUUAUUAUCAUAAAGGCCUGUAAACCAACCAAUCCCUGUUCACUGAUUGCCUUCAGGAGGCUCUGGUCAGAUUGGAGAAAUAUGAUGUAUUAUUAUGCUAGGUUGUGAUCAUGUACACUGUGCUCCUCAAUGUGCUUUGGUUGUAGCUUUAUGCCUGUGUCCAUUGUCAAUGCGCAAUGAAUUACAAUGAAUGUUUUACCAUCAAUACCAGGAUUGGGUAAUAGUUCCCUCUCUCUUUGCAGAUGUAUAUAGCGAUGAUCUCCACCCAUGCUCUUGCCCUGAGUGGGUACCAGUUUGUAACCUGUGUCAAGGUCCAGUGGAGUGGUGAGUAUCAUUAUAUGAUUGCAGAUUAGCUUUCUAAAUAUACUGUUCCCUGUUAAAUAUAACUACAUUUACUUUUGGGUGCCCUGUUUAAAAAACAACUACAUUGACUUCAAUGUGCCCUGUUUAAACACACAAUCUGGAAUUUGUCUUGGCAAAAUAUAAGGUUGUUUUACUCAAUUGUGUGUUACAGUCUUUGUUAACAAAAAUGUACAGCUUCAAAACUCAUUUUAAUCUUGUGGACUAUCAUUCUUCGUAUCUAUAGCUCCAUCUAUGAAUUUGAUAGGGGUUACAUUUCUCUUGCCCCAUCCCUCACCUUUAUAGCAAACCAAGUGGCGGAGCUGCCAUUUGUUGAUUUUCAAAUUAAUUAAAUACAACUACAUUGAGGUCAGUGUUAAUGUCAUUAUCUUGAAUGGUGUUCCUGCCCCUCCAGAGUGCAGUGACUUUGCCCCCCCGGUGACAGUGAUGCUGAUGAUCUUCCUCUGCCUGGAGGGCCUCCUCUUCCUCAGCUUCACAGCUGUCAUGUUUGGCACUCAGGUCCACUCCAUCUGCAACGACGAGACGGUGAGGAGGUUAAUAUAACACUAUAUGCCACUUAGCAGACACUGUUGUAAUCCUAAGCAGCAUUCUGCGCAGUGAGUGGCUACAUUUUCAGUUUGAUUCCUGCGGGAAUUGAACCCACAACCUUAGAUAUACAAUGUAGAUUAGAUGAUUGAGAAUUGUUUCCAUGUUAUACAUUACAUUCUCAGGUCCAAUCCAUCUGCAACAAGAAGACGGUGAGGAGCCGAACCACAUGGAUAGAAAAACAAUAGAUAGACAUGCAAGGCUUAUUAAGUAGGGCAAAGGCAUUACGGAACGCCAUUCUACACCGACUAGUUCUAGCAACAAUGUAGAAUGGAUAAGAUUCUCUAUUCUGCAUGAUGUUUCCAAAUGUCCUGCCCCUCUGAACAAGCACGUGGCCAUGGUAGUGAAGUCCCAGUGAGGGAAAUGGGGCUUAUUUACAUAUGAGACAUCAGCCUCCUUCAGAAACUUAGGUUGGAGUCAUUAAAACUUGUUUUUCAACCACUCCACACAUUUCUUGUUAACUAACUAUAGUUUUGGCAAGUCGAUUAGGACAUCUACUUUGUGCAUGACACAAGUAAUUUUUCCAACAAUUGUUUACAGACAGAUUAUUUCACUUAUAAUUCACUGUAUCACAAUUCCAGUGGGUCAGAAGUUUACAUACACUAAGUUGACUAUGCCUUUAAACAGCUUGGAAAAUUCCAGAAAAUUAUGUCAUGGCUUUAGAAGCUUCUGAUAGGCUAAUUGACAUCAUUUGAGUCAAUUGGAGGUGUACCUGUGGGUGUAUUUCAAGGCCUACCUUCAAACUCAGUGCCUCUUUGCUUGACAUCAUGGGAAAAUAAAAAAUGUGUAGACCUCCACAAGUCUGGUUCAUCCUUGGGAGCAAUUUCCAAACGCCUGAAGGUACCACGUUAAUCUGUAAAAACAAUAGUACGCAAGUAUAAACACCAUGGGACCACGCAGCCGUCAUACCGCUCAGGAAGGAGACGCGUUCUGUCUCCUAAAGAUGAACGUACUUUGGUGCGAAAAGUGCAAAUCAAUCCCAGAACAACAGCAAAGGACCUUGUGAAGAUGCUGGAGGAAACAGGUACAAAAGUAUCAAUAUCCACAGUAAAACAAGUCCUAUAUCGACAUAACCUGAAAGGCCGCUCGGCAAGGAAGAAUCCACUGCUCCAAAACCGCCAUAAAAAAACCAGACUACGGUUUGCAACUGCACAUGGGGACAAAGAUCUUACUUUUUGGGGAAAUGUCCUCUGGUCUAAUGAAACAAAAUAACUGUUUGGCCAUAAUGACCAUCGUUAUGUUUGGAGGAAAAAGAGUGAUGCUUGCAAGCCGAAGAACACCAUCCCAACUGUGAAGCACAGGGGUGGCGUGGCAGCAUCAUGCUGUGGGGGUGCUUUGCUGCAGGAAGGACUGGUGCACUUCACAAAAUAGCAUGGCAUCAUGAGGAAGGAAAAUGAUGUGGAUAUAUUGAAGCAACAUCUCAAGACAUCAUUCAGGAAGUUAAAGCUUGGUCGCAAAUGGGUCUUCCAAAUGGACAAUGACCCCAAGCAUACUUCCAAAGUUGUGACAAAAUGGCUUAAUGACAACAAAGUCAAGCUAUUGGAGUGGCCAUCACAAAGCCCUGACCUCAAUCCUAUGGAAAAGUUGUGGGCAGAACUACAAAAGCGUGUGCGAACAAGGAGGCCUAUAAACCUGACUCAGUUACACCAGCUCUGUCAGGAGGAAUGGGCCAAAAUUCACCCAACUUAUUGUGGGAAACUUGUGGAAGGCUACCCGAAACAUUUGACCCAAGUUAAACAAUUUAAAGGCAAUGCUACCAGUGUAUGUACAUUUCUGACUUACUGGGAAUUUGAUGAAAUAAAUAAAAGCUGAAAUAAAUCAUUCUCUCUACUACUAUUCUGACAUUUCACAUUCUUAAAAUAAAGUGGUGAUCCUAACUGACCUAAGACAGGGAAUUUUUACUAGGAUUAAAUGCCAGGAAUUGUGAAAAACCUAAAUUUAAAUUUUGGAUAAGGUGUAUGUAAACUUCCGACUUCAACUGUAAAUAGGGCUUAUUUACAUGAGACAUCAGCCUCCUUCAGAAAACCUGUUGAUAAUGUAAGGAAGAAGAAACCUAGUGGUGGUGACAUUGAUGAGACUAGUGACCAAUGACUGAGGCUAAUUUACCAUUGUUGUUAUUUGACCCCAUUCCCUCAACUUUGUUGAAUUCUGGCGUUGAUGUUUACCCCUCUGUGUGUAUUUCUACCACAGGAGAUUGAGCGUCUGAAGAAGGAGAAGCCCACGUGGGAGAGGCAGGUUCGCUGGGAGGGCAUGAGGAGUGUGUUUGGGGGCAAGCCGUCGCUGCUGUGGAUCAACCCAUUUGCCGGGCUCCGACUGCGCCGACUACUCGCCACACGCUCCCGGAAAGCCGGCGCCGAGUUCUCUGUCUGACCUCUCACCUUAUCACCAGCUUCCUACUGUACUGUCUGGGACAAUCUGUAGAACCUGACUCAGGAGCUGUCUUUGACACCAGGGUCCUGUUCAUUUCAGGCACCAAACGGAAGAAAACGGACUCAAACAGG